AUGGAUUACAAUAAGUUAACAAGCUCAAUCCCUUAUGUGAUUGGUCAUCUUUAUAAAUUGGAAUAUUUAAGCAUGGAAAGAAACAAAUUAUCGGGCUCAAUCCCUUUAAGCAUACUCAACAUUUCAUCACUUCAAUAUUUAUCAAUCGGGGAAAACAAGCUUGAAGGACCUUUACCAAGAGAAGUUGGAAAUUUGAGUAUGCUUCAAGUACUUGAUUUUUCAAUGAAUAACCUGACAGGUGUAAUUCCAGAUGGAAUCAGUAACCUUCAAGAGUUGGAGGACCUCUCAUUGUCUUACAAUAAUUUUAAUGGCUCAAUCCCUAUUGAUAUCUUCAAUAUCUCAUCUCUUAUAUAUCUUCAGCUCGCAGGUAACCACAUUUCAGCUAAUCUUCCUUCCACUAUAGGCCAUGGCUUACCUAAUGUUGAAGGAAUUCAUCUAUCUGGAAACAACAUUAGUGGUGUUUUACCUAGUUCAAUCUCAAAUAUGUCUAAGCUUAUGUAUCUCGAACUCUAUCGGAAUGAACUUACUGGUUCAAUUCCUGAAUCUCUAGGAAAUUUAAGACUUCUGGAAGUUCUUAGCUUAUCCAGUAACUCCUUCAACAGUGAAUUAAGCUUUAUUACUCCUUUGGCCAAUUGUAAAUACUUGAGAAAAUUGAUAUUGUCUUCCAAUCCCCUAAAUGCAAUGCUUCCAAAAUCCAUCGGCAACCUUUCUUCUCUUGAAAUGUUUUCGGCGACUUGA